AUGGAGAACAGGCGGAGGAAGGUGGACUUGGACAUGGACGUGGACGUUGACGUGGACAUGGACGUGGACGUGGACGUGGACGUGGACAUGGACGUGGACAUAGACGUGGACGAGGACGUGGACAUGGACGUGGACAUGGACGUGGACUUGGACAUGGACGUGGACGUUGACGUGGACAUGGACGUGGACGUGGACGUGGACGUGGACAUGGACGUGGACAUAGACGUGGACGAGGACGUGGACAUGGACGUGGACAUGGACGUGGACGUGGACGUGGACGUGGACGUGGACAUGGACGUGGACGUGGACGUGGACGUGGACGUGGACGUGGACAUGGACGUGGACGUGGACGUGGACGUGGACAUGGACGUGGACGUGGACGUGGACGUAGACAUGGACGUGGACGUGGACGUGGACGUGGACGUAGACGUGGACGUAGACGUGGACGUGGACGUGGACGUAGACAUGGACGUGGACAUGGACGUGGACUUGGACGUGGACGUGGACAUGGACGUGGACGUGGACGUGGACGUGGACGUGGACGUGGACAUGGACGUGGACAUGGACAUGGACGUGGACGUGGACGUGGACGUGGACGUGGACGUGGACGUGGACAUGGACGUGGACGUGGACGUGGACGUGGACGUGGACUUGGACGUGGACGUGGACGUGGACGUGGACGUGGACGUGGACGUGGACCUGGACGUGGACGAGGACGUGGACAUGGACGUGGACAUGGACGUGGACGUGGACGUGGACGUGGACAUGGACGUGGACGUGGACGUGGACGUGGACGUGGACGUGGACGUGGACAUGGACGUGGACGUGGACGUGGACGUGGACGUGGACAUGGACGUGGACGUGGACGUGUGGACGUGGACGUGGACGUGGACGUGGACGUGGACGUGGACGUGGACGUGGACGUGGACAUGGACGUGGAAAUGGACGUGGACGUGGACAUGGACGUAG